GGCGCGCUGCGGCGUCGGCGUGUACGCGCGCUCCAGGCCGAGGCUGUGUGGGCUGGGGAGGGAGCCAGGCGGCGGCGGCGCCUCAGAACCGAAGGGACGCGCGGGCCUCGCGCCGCGGGAGCAGACGGCUGUGGAGGAGACCUUGGGCUCGCGUCCGGAGGCGAGAGAGCUCGGCCUGUCGACUGCCCGCUUCAGGGGCCGCCGGCCGCGUCCCUCGCCCGGAGUGGCCGCCGCCCCGGGAGACUCGCCGUGACACGGGCCUAAGCCGCGGCGGCCGCGGACGUCCGGACCUCUCGGACCGGGUCGGGUCGGGGCGAGCGUCCGGGCAGGUGCCGCCCCCUGAGGGCCGGCCGGGCGCGCGGCGCCUUCCCGCGCGGCCCGCGGGCCGCGCUCGGCAGAGGGGCCGCCCGCGCAGCACCCCCCGCCCCCACCCCCUCCUGCCCGUGGGCCGGAGCCCGAGUAGCGCGCCCCGCCCUCCCCGGGCACGGCCCGGCCGGAGCGGCGGGAGCCGGGAAAGCCCGCGCCCGGCGCCGCCCGCCGGGCUCGCGCGGCGAGGAGGGAGGAGAAACUUUGCUUUUUAUUGUUGCUUUUCGUGCUUAAGUGCGAGGAACUCUGCCGGGAGGAAAAAUGUCCUUCUUCAAUUUCCGUAAGAUCUUCAAGUUGGGGAGCGAGAAGAAGAAGAAGCAGUACGAACAUGUGAAGAGGGACCUGAACCCCGAGGAGUUUUGGGAAAUUAUAGGAGAACUGGGCGACGGAGCCUUUGGGAAAGUGUACAAGGCUCAGAAUAAAGAGACCAAUGUGUUAGCUGCUGCAAAGGUGAUUGACACGAAAUCUGAAGAAGAACUUGAAGAUUACAUGGUUGAGAUUGAUAUAUUAGCAUCUUGUGAUCAUCCAAAUAUAGUCAAACUUCUAGAUGCCUUCUAUUAUGAGAACAAUCUUUGGAUCCUCAUUGAAUUUUGUGCAGGUGGAGCAGUGGACGCUGUGAUGCUUGAACUUGAGAGACCAUUAACUGAGUCCCAAAUACAAGUAGUUUGUAAACAGACUCUAGAGGCUUUGAACUACUUACAUGAUAAUAAAAUCAUCCACAGAGAUCUGAAGGCUGGCAACAUUCUUUUUACCUUAGAUGGAGAUAUUAAGUUGGCGGAUUUUGGAGUAUCAGCUAAAAACACAAGGACAAUUCAAAGAAGAGAUUCCUUUAUCGGCACACCAUAUUGGAUGGCUCCUGAAGUAGUCAUGUGUGAAACAUCUAAGGACAGACCCUAUGACUACAAAGCUGAUGUUUGGUCCCUGGGUAUCACUCUAAUAGAAAUGGCUGAGAUAGAACCACCUCAUCAUGAAUUAAAUCCAAUGCGAGUGCUGCUAAAAAUAGCAAAAUCUGAGCCCCCUACAUUAGCACAGCCAUCAAAAUGGUCUUCAAAUUUUAAGGACUUUCUAAAGAAAUGCUUGGAAAAGAAUGUGGAUUCCAGGUGGAAUACAUCUCAGCUACUGCAGCAUCCUUUUGUUACGGUUGAUUCCAACAAACCAAUUCGAGAGCUGAUUGCAGAGGCAAAGGCUGAAGUAACAGAAGAAGUUGAAGAUGGCAAAGAGGAAGAUGAUGAUGAGGAAACAGAAAAUUCUUUGCCAAUACCUGCAAGUAAGCGUGCCUCUUCUGACCUUAGUAUUGCCAGCUCUGAAGAAGAUAAACUUUCACAAAAUGCUUGUAUUUUGGAAUCUGUCUCUGAAAAAACAGAACGUAAUACUUCUGAAGAUAAAUUUAACAGCAAAGUUCUUAAUGAAAAACUUACCACAGAUGAACCUGAAAAAGCUGCAGAGGAUAUUAACGAACAUAUUAAUGAUGCUCACUUAGAAGCUAUGGCUGAACUUGAUAAUAGGACAAUAGUAAUCAAGGAAAAUGGCAGAGAGGAGAAGAGACCCAAGCUUGAAAGUCUUCCUGAUACAGAAGACCAAGAAACAAUGGACAUUAAUUCAGUCAAUGAAGGAAAAGAGAAUAAUAUAAUAACUUUAGAAACAGAUAUUGAACAGAGUCUGAAACCCGAGGAAGAAAGGGAUCAAGAAAAGCAACAGAUAUUUGAAAAUAAGAUUAUAAAAUCUGAAGAAAUUAAAGAUACUGCUAUUCAAACAAUGGACUUAGUUUCUCAAGAGACUGGAGAAAAAGAGGCAGACAUUCAGGCAGUUGAAAAUGAAGUUGCACUUACAAAGGAAGACACCCAAGAGAAAUUGGGAAAGAAUGACGAAACUCCAGAAGAAGUGAUCAGCCAUAUAAGCGAUGUCAUAGGAACAAAUGAGGCAGGAGAUGUUGCCCAGAAGGCAGUUGAAGACAAUGCUGAGGAUGCUCAGAGUAAUGAUGGGAAUGAAGUGGCUGAAGUAGACCAGAAAUUAGUAAGUAAGCCCACAGAGGGUCCUGAGGCUGGUGGUUCUGAGGAAGUUCCUUUUAAAGACAUAGUGGAAACUAAGGAGAUCGAUCAGAAGUCUUUGGAAGAUAAAGAUGAAGAACAGUCACUCAGCAGUUUAGAGAACAUAGUGAAAACCAGUGAGGAAUCUGGCACAAAUGAAGGUGAGGAAAUUACUGAGUCCAGUAGCACUGAAGAAAUAGAGGUCAGACAUGCAGUAAUUUAUACUGACCAAGAGGCUUUAGGAAAUGAAACUCCAGAUGCUCAUGAAGCUACUGCUCAGAUAGAUACAGAGCAAAAAGCAAUUCCAUGUGAAGUGCCAAUUGAAAGAGAACCUCCCGUGACUUCCUCUUCACAGCCUAGUGAACCUCAGCCUGUUCCAAUACCCAGUAUUAAUAUCAACUCUGAAGAUGCAGAAAAUAAAGGGGAAAUAGGUGCUUUAUCAAAAACUGAAACCAUGUUGCUUCCAGAAUCUGAGAAUCAAAAGGAAAACGAUACUGAUUCAGGCACUGGUUCCACCGCUGAUAAUAGCAGCAUUGACUUAAAUUUAUCCAUCUCUAGCUUCCUAAGCAAAACUAAAGACAGCGGAUCAAUAUCUUUACAAGAAACAAGAAGACAAAAGAAAACAUUGAAGAAGACCCGCAAAUUUGUUGUUGAUGGCGUAGAAGUGAGUGUAACCACGUCAAAGAUAGUUACAGAUAGUGAUUCCAAAACUGAAGAGUUGAGGUUUCUUAGACGUCAGGAACUUCGGGAGUUAAGAUUCCUUCAAAAAGAAGAGCAAAGAGCCCAACAGCAGCUCAAUAGCAAACUGCAACAACAACGAGAACAAAUUUUCCGGCGCUUUGAGCAAGAAAUGAUGAGCAAAAAGCGUCAAUAUGAUCAAGAGAUUGAGAAUCUAGAAAAACAGCAGAAACAGACUAUUGAACGUCUAGAACAAGAACACACAAAUCGCUUGCGAGAUGAAGCCAAACGCAUUAAAGCAGAACAAGAGAAAGAGUUGUCCAAAUUUCAGAAUAUGUUAAAGAACCGAAAGAAGGAGGUUAUAAAUGAAGUGGAGAAAGCACCCAAAGAGCUGAGAAAAGAGCUCAUGAAACGCAGGAAAGAGGAGCUUGCACAAAGCCAGCAUGCUCAGGAACAGGAAUUUGUUCAGAAGCAACAACAAGAAUUAGAUGGCUCUCUGAAAAAGAUCAUCCAACAGCAGAAGGCAGAACUGGCCAAUAUUGAAAGAGAGUGCCUGAAUAACAAACAGCAGCUCAUGAGAGCUCGAGAAGCUGCAAUUUGGGAGCUUGAAGAACGACACUUACAAGAAAAACACCAGCUGCUCAAACAGCAACUUAAAGAUCAGUAUUUCAUGCAAAGACAUCAGCUACUUAAGCGCCAUGAGAAGGAAACAGAACAAAUGCAGCGUUAUAAUCAACGACUUAUUGAGGAAUUGAAAAACAGACAGACUCAAGAAAGAGCAAGACUGCCUAAGAUUCAGCGCAGUGAAGCCAAGACUCGAAUGGCCAUGUUUAAGAAAAGCUUGAGAAUUAACUCAACGGCCACACCAGAUCAGGACCGUGACAAAAUUAAGCAGUUUGCUGCUCAAGAAGAAAAGAGGCAGAAAAAUGAGAGAAUGGCUCAGCAUCAGAAACAUGAAAAUCAAAUGCGGGAUCUUCAGUUGCAGUGUGAAGCCAACGUCCGAGAGCUGCAUCAGCUGCAGAAUGAAAAAUGCCACCUAUUGGUAGAGCAUGAAACUCAGAAACUCAAGGAAUUAGAUGAGGAACACAGCCAAGAAUUAAAGGAAUGGAGAGAGAAAUUGAGACCUAGGAAAAAGACACUGGAAGAAGAGUUUGCCAGGAAACUGCAGGAACAGGAGGUGUUCUUUAAAAUGACUGGGGAGUCUGAAUGCCUUAACCCAUCAGCACAGAGCCGGAUUUCCAAGUUUUAUCCUAUCCCUAGCUUGCAUUCCACAGGGUCGUAACAAUAGGAAGCAGUCUGUGGUUCGGUUUGGCUUUUUAAAUAUGUCAUUCUGUUCUCUUCAUCUUCUGCCACAAUCUAUAUCAGAGAGCUUAUGAAGACAAUCACCUGCCUCACCUUCUAGGUGUUUUUUGUUUAUUUGUUUGUUUGUUUAGCAAAGAUGAAGGGAAAGGAACCGUGACAGAUGCUAGGCCAUGUUGGCGAAGUGGCAUCUUGCAGUAAUUCCCUAAGGUGAUUUUGUAUAUUAAUCUUAAAAAUUGUGUUCUUUAGACACUGUUAGGUGAAAUACUUUAGAAAUAAAAUGUUUGAGGUGUUUUUUUUUUUUUUUUUUAAAGCUGUUAGGUCACUGAGUAUUAGUGAAUAUCUUUUUACCUGACCUAACUUCUCAGUGAUGCCUAAAUUCUGUAGUUGCAACUCUGCUGUAGAGAGUUGGAAUAAUUUUAUUUUGGUGAAUCUGCUCUCAUGAAAAAGCUAUGAGUUGCUCAAAAUACCAUAUUGGUUGAGUAAA